GCUACGGAGUACUCGUACUUUCGUAGUAAACCAACGAAAAGAAAAAGAAAAGAAAAUGGAAGUCUAAAACGCUUGUGCCAUCGGGACAAAAAACAAAAAGUGUAGAACUUAUGAUGACGUCAGCUAUUCUGGGAGCAAAGCCAUUGUUAUCGGCUCAUCAUCGAGUACGAGCGGUUUAUACUCCUGCCAUUAAACCCUCUUCUUCUUCAAUGGCGGCAACAACAACAACUCCAAAAUGGGCACAGAAGACCAUCACUCUCUCUCCUCACCCUCGUGGCUGCCAUCUCAUCACCUCUAAGGUACUGAAGGAAAUUGAACAAGAUUUGUCUGGAUUCAGUUGUGGGCUUGCUCAUCUUUUCGUGCAACAUACUAGUGCUUCCCUGACCAUAAAUGAAAAUUACGACGAUGAUGUUCGGAAGGACACUGAGACAUUUCUAAACAAGGUGGUUCCAGAGGGUAGUUCCGCACCAUGGAGGCACACAUUGGAAGGGCCUGAUGACAUGCCAGCACACAUCAAGUCAUCAAUGUUUGGCUGUGCAUUGACGAUUCCAAUCACUAAUGGACAGCUUAAUAUGGGAACCUGGCAGGGAAUAUGGUUGUGCGAGCACCGUGAUCAUCCAACUCCACGCAAAGUCGUAGUUACACUUAAUGGGGUGUAGUUGGCAUCUUUAAUCAGUAUAUUACUCUUUAACUUUAUGUGAGAAGUUCAUUUGAUGUUUUUGCUGAUGGAACUCUAAAAGAGACUAUUAUCUGUAUGUUUCAGACGAAUUCGAACCACACAUCCACGAAGUGUAAAUUGUUACAAGUCAUAAUUAUGUUCCCUCUAUGUUUGA